AUGGGGUCAUCAUCCACCGACAUCACCGCCAAACUCACCGAGUGGCACGAGGAAUGGUCCAGCGAACAGACUGACAACGACAUACGCAUUUCUUACGUCUUCUCCCCUGAGUGGGAGGCCCUAGUUCCCCCUCGAUGGGCUGCAUACGAUGACCUGGAAAAGAGACGUCUGGCCGAGGGAGCCCCGCGGCUGGAAUGGCAGGACACAGUUGACCAAAGCCGAAAGGCGUUGUCAGCUAUGAAAAACUUGCACUUCAAGCCCCUCGAACCUAGGCUGUGGCCGGUAUGCCCGUUAUGGGUUCAUCUAACUAGAUAUAAGGGUGGACCGGAUUUCGAUCCUCACAAAAGGCUACACGGCUGGGCCUCUCUCCCCGAUGACUGGGAGGAAAUCCAACGGCUGGUUCGAGAUGAGCCCGAGUUCUGCGCCUCACUCUCGCCGGCUCAAAGAAGAUCGUUUGGUCUUCUCCAGUACUGGUGGAAGGCGGCCUACUGCGACAAAGAGCUGUUGAGUGCCACCGCCGCGCGACUGGAAAAGAACCGGCCCUUUUGGACUAUAUCAGAUCCCUCCGACGGAUAUGAUCUUCGUCGCAUCGCCAGCGAAGUCAAGACGGACACAUCUCUAUACCACUCACACCUAUUCAGGCUCUUCCUCUUCGAGUUCCAUCCGAUGUUUUGGGAGCCUUUCCUCUGCCAUAUGAAGCUGUCUAGACUUCAGCAUGCCCGCUAUCGAUCUUCUUGUAUUGCGACCAUCCAGAAACUUUCCUACCCAGUGCUCCACCCGAGCCAUCUUCCUUCUGAUGAGCAGAUUCCGUAUCCCAUUGUUGUUCAGAAUGAUGCGGAACACCAGAGAAUUACUUCCGCCCAGGCGAGCAUCAAUCCGUACUAUCUCUGGGACAACGAAAGUCAACAGACGGUCGCUGUGGAGGACUUGUCCGAAUGCCCCCCAUACGUAUGCAUCAGUCAUACUUGGGGUCGCUGGCGAACGCGGACCAACACAACUGUCCCUGGGGUACCUUGGCCGGUCCCAGAAAACACGAUAUACGACGUACGCGAUCUUCCGGCGCAGCUCAAGGAACUAGGAUACCGCUACAUCUGGUUCGACCUGUUCUGCAUUCCGCAGGACAAGAGCGACCCUAGGGCCGCCCAGGAGAUUGCAAACCAGGCGUCAAUCUUUAAGGGAUCAAGCCACUGCAUCGCCUGGAUCAAUGACGUCGAGUCCUGGCAUGGCGUGCUGGCUGCUUUGGACUGGAUUAGUCUCAAGUCGCAGUCAAUCUUGUCGAACCGUGACACCGACGCAAUCAAGGACAGAAUGGCAGAAGCAACACAAGCCGCCACCGUGGCAAUGGAGCUGCUUAAGAAGAAGCGCCGUGAAGGAAUGGAAGAUCUGGUCGAUCUUGUUGACGAUGUUACGACAGGCGAGCCAACUUUUUGGAUGUCCUCGUUAUGGACUUUACAAGAAUGCAUUCUCUGCCCUGAGAUUCAGCUAUACACACGCACCUGGACCAGGCUGGAAGAUCGGAGCGGUACGGCAAUCUCGUUGAGAACCCUCAUGGUGGUUCUCAGAGACACUCGAGAUUUCAACUUGCUGCCAGAGCCCAUCGCAGCCCCCUUCAGCGAGCCCCUGCAAUACGAUAGGAAAGUCAUGACCGAUCAAGACAGGGAGUCUCAUAACAAAGCCAGCAGACGGACGUUCCCAAGUGCAGUGAGGGACCUCUACCAACUCUGCAUAAUGACCCGGCUUGAUAACGCUCUCACCGCCGGCUCACCCACGACGAUCCUCACAAAUGCAAACCUUCGACACUGUUCAUCCAGCCGUGCUCCCGCUAUCAUGUCUGCUGUAAGCGUGACGGAUUGGUACAUCGAGAAACUGGAGGCCUCAAAGUCCACUAGCAAGCCUGCCCCAGUGGAUCCCAUGGUUUACGGAACCUACCCCCUCGCCUUCCUCCGUGAAUGCUCACGAAAGUUCGGCGCUAUCUUUUAUGAGAGCAUGGCCAGGGACCUCGCUCGUUCCACGGGCACUGCCAACGAGAUGCGGCGGGUCUUGAAGCGCAACGAGGCUGGUGGGACCAUGCUACCCGUGUCCAAGACCACGGGCUGGGAUGCCAACAUAUCAGGAUCCUCUGAUCAUACCUACAUUGACCGGUACGACCACGAGUCUGUGGCUGACUGGCUUAUCAACGAAGACGCCAGUAUCUCGAUGCGUGCGGUAGGCAUCGUCCUGACCUCUGAUGACAAGCCGGGGCCGCACAAGUUCUCAGGGAGCAUUGACUGCUUCCUCCCUCAGGAUGACGAGAAGGCCAAGCCGAAGAGACAUACUGCGAACGUCCAGGACAUGUUGGCGACACUGAAGGACCUGAGUCAUGGGUCUCGGCGGAUUUAUGCAGUUGCGCUCUAUGAGGACUUGGGCGUUGUGCAUGGCGUUCUAUUGGAGAAGUUGCCCUUGUCUAUGUUUGGGAAGCACAAUCUCACGAAGAUUGGCCAAUUUAUGUUGAAGAAUGAGUCUCUUCCUCCGACUUCCAAGGUCGACUGGAAGGUGUUAUAG